AAACGUGAUACCUCAUUGCCCCUUUCAUAUUUUUGUCGUUUUUCAAAAGGUCCCUUCAACUUUAUUCCUAUUGAUAAGAUGGCCUACAAAUCUCCUGAAUUUAUCAGGAAAUCCAAAAAAAUAAAUAAUCGAAAACCCCUUUUCAAAUCCGUACUCACAAUUUCAAAUUUGAAGUAAUCUUGAAAUAAAGAUUUGAUUUUUAUCUGAUUUUUGCCCUUGAAAUUGAGAUUCUUGAUUCUUGAUUUUUGAUCAUAGUUCCCAUAUGGGGUUUGAUAAAGAUAAAGCAAGUUCAUCCUCUCAUGUCUUGCAAAUCCCAAGAGAAGACACACCAUUAUUAUCCAAGAAUCAACAUCUUUCUUCACCUUCAAAGACUUUUGCUAAUGUUUUCAUUGCUAUAGUUGGAGCAGGUGUUCUUGGUCUUCCAUAUACCUUCAAGAGAACAGGAUGGGCAAUGGGUUCUCUUAUGCUAUUUUCAGUUGCAUUUUUAACUUACCAUUGUAUGAUGCUUCUUGUGUAUUCAAGAAGAAAGAUUGAAUCCCAUCUCAAGAUUUCCCAAAUUUCAUCUUUUGGUGAUUUGGGGUUUGCUGUUUGUGGACCUAUUGGUAGAUUUGCUGUUGAUGCUAUGAUUGUUCUGUCACAAGCUGGUUUUUGUAUCAGUUACAUAAUUUUCAUAGCAAAUACUUUAGCAUAUUGUUUUAAUUACUCCAAAACUAAUCCAAAUCCCAAAAUCUUGGGGUUUCCACCUAAAGUUGUGUAUAUUUGGAGCUCUUUUCCCUUUCAGUUGGGAUUGAAUUCAAUUCCUACUCUUACCCUUUUAGCCCCUUUGAGUAUUUUUGCUGAUGUUGUUGAAUUAGGAGCUAUGGGGGUUGUGAUGGUUGAAGAUGUGAUGAUUUAUUUAAAGAGUAGUCAUGUUCUUGAAGCUUUUGGUGGAUUUAGUGUGUUUUUCUAUGGUCUUGGUGUAGCUGUUUAUGCUUUUGAAGGUGUUGGAAUGGUGUUGCCUUUGGAAGCUGAGACAAAAGACAAGGGAAAAUUUGGGAAAAUCUUGGGUUUUUCAAUGGCUUUGAUAUCUCUAAUGUAUGGUUCUUUUGGAGUGUUGGGAUAUUUUGCUUUUGGUGAAGAUACAAAGGAUAUAAUUACGACGAAUCUCGGACAAGGAGUGCUUAGCAGCCUUGUUCAAAUUGGUCUUUGCAUAAAUUUGUUCUUAACUUUCCCUCUGAUGAUGAAUCCAGUGUAUGAAGUAGUGGAAAGGAGGUUUUGUGAAGGGAGGUACUGUGUUUGGCUAAGAUGGAUUAUGGUUUUGUUAGUGACAUUUGUGGCAUUGUUGGUUCCAAAUUUUGCUGAUUUCUUGUCAUUGGUUGGGAGCAGUGUGUGCAUAAUUCUUGGCUUUGUGUUGCCUGCUUUGUUUCAUCUGAUCGUGUUCAAAGAUGAGCUAAGAUGGCAUGGUUUGGCUUGUGAUGGUGCAAUUAUUGUAUUGGCUGCUGUUUUUUCAGUCUAUGGAACCUACUCUUUAAUGCUGGAGGUAUUUGGAGCCAAGGAAUAAAUUGUUUGUUUCCCUUUUUAAUGUACAAGUUCAAGAGAAGUUUAUCAUGUAUUAUCCAUUAGAACUCCGAAGUUAAGCGUGUUUAGGCCAGAGUAAUAUUAGAAUGGGUGACCCUCGGAAGUCCUUGUGUUGCAUUCCUCAUUCGAAAACAGCCUAUCUACCUCCACGAGGUUUACAUACACUAGACUUCAGAUGUGGGAUUACACUUGAUAUGUUAUUGUUGCUGUUUAUUAUGCAUUAUGGUUCUGUGAGGGACAUGAUCAUGUCCAUUUAGUAUUCAUUGCAAAUAAUCGUAGUUUGCUCAAAAAUGGCCAUUUGGGUCUCUUCAUUGUACUAUUUUCAAUAGUAAUAUAUUAUGAUAUGAGAGUUAUAAUA